AUGGAGGGGUUGUCUGGAGAAUCUCUUUCAGAUGAAGUUAUUUCUAGAGGUUCUCCAGAGACUCUGUUCUCGGCAAAGUCUGACGAGGGUGAAAACCUUGUCGAGAGACCUAUGCCUUCACAUGUCUUGACCAUGGUAGAAAUAGAGGCUGCCUGUCAAAGGGGGGAAUGUGCCAGUCGCUUUGUCAGAACAUAUCGGGAAGUAACUGUUCAUGAUUCCAGUGAUAAUGAAAUAUCUCGUCAUAUGGAGUUCCAGGGGCAGUAUGAUGUUGUGUCCUAG